AUGGGCCGCUUGCCCGAGUCGCGCUCUGGCAGCCCGCCGCGCCGUGUCCUUGUCGUUGCAGCCGGACUCGUCGUACUUGCCCUGUAUUGGUCCUUCUCGGAUCUCCUGUGCUUUCAUUCCCUGGUCGGCCACGUGCCUGUACCCGCCGCUUCAGCACCCCUCCCGAUCUUUAAACACUCCCUAUGCCCACAGGUCAAGCCGCUGAAUCCAACCAAAGGCGAUCCAUUGUUUCAAGACAUCGACGCUUAUCUCAUGUCUUGCGAAGGCAAGAAUUGGACAAUCGACUCGCUCUCCCAAGCAGUUCGAACUCCCACGCAACUGUUCGACGACUUUGAGCUACCGGGCGAGGACCCUCGUUGGGAUGUUAUGUUAGAUAUGCACGACUUCCUACGUGGACGGUUCCCUUUGGUGCAUGCGAAGUUAGAUAUACACAAGAUCAAUCGCUACGGCCUCGUGUAUACUUGGAAAGGGUCCGAUGAAUCUCUCAAGCCUCUCGUCUUGACUGCGCACAUGGAUGUGGUCCCAGUCAAUCCGGAGACCCGCCGCGAAUGGGAUCAACCACCCUUCUCCGGACUGUUUGAUGGCAACAACGUCUGGGGCCGCGGUAGCGCUGACGACAAAGCUAUGCUGAUCGGCACGAUAACGGCAAUUGAGCUGCUACUGCAGAGAGGCUAUAUGCCCAGACGCACUGUCAUACUGGCUUACGGCUUUGAUGAGGAACGCGGCGGGCGUAAUGGAGCGCGAACGAUUGGACAACAUCUCGUCGAACUCUAUGGUCAGAAUGGCGCUGCAAUGCUCAUUGAUGAGGGCGGGCAGUACUUCAUACAUGAUGACAUUGUCAUGGCUAUCCCCAAUGUAGCGGAGAAAGGCGCGUUGAAUGUUCAGAUCGAGGUUGCCACGCCUGGCGGUCAUUCUAGCGUCCCACCUGCGCACACAGGCAUCGGAGUAUUGUCUCGUAUCGUUGCCUUACUUGAGGACAACCCGUUCCCAGCGAUGUUGAAGCGUGACAGCACAUACUUUCGAUCUUUACGGUGCGAAGCAGCAUAUGACGAUUCCUUCUCCGACGAGCUACGCGGCUACCUUGCCCGCGCGAUCUCAGAUGACGCUGCAUUGAAGGCGGCGCAGAAAAAGUUGCUUCAGCUCGAUGAGAACCUCUUCCGCGCAUUCGCCGGCACGACACAGGCUGUCGACGUAAUCCAUGGCGGUUUGAAGUACAAUGCGCUACCGGAGCGCGCUCAUGCGAUCAUCAACCACCGCAUCGCCGAGGAUAGCUCUGUGGCCGAAACCGCCUCCCGCUACGCUCAAGUCUUGGCACCGUUCGCCACGAGAAUGAACCUUACCCUUGAAUCCUUCGGCACGAUGUACGGCGUUCAAGGUCCUGCAGACGGCCAUAUCACCGUCUCUACUAUUCGCCGUGGACUCAAUCCUGCACCUGUCACACCGACCGAGGGGAGUGGGGCGUGGGAAGUACUGUCCGGCACUAUCCUGUCGUCAUUGGACACCUCCGAGCGUGCUGAGCUUGCAGGGAAGCAGAUCGUGGUCGCGCCGGGUAUCAUGAUUGCCAAUUCGGACACAAAAUGGUAUAGGCGCUUAACAAGGAACAUCUUCCGCUAUGGUCACAUCGGAAAGACGGACCGUGAUGGUAUGCACACCGUAAAUGAAGCGAUUAAAGCCGAGGGAUACAUCGAGGGCAUCCGUUUCUACACCAGACUCAUCCUCAACGUCGACGAAUCCAGCCUACUCUGA